UUCACACUGUGGUAGAAAAAGUCUACUUAAGCCUACGUGACAACUCGCAUACUUUUCCCUUUGUGUUUAACUUGUCACCAUGAUGCCCAGGCUGUGCGUUCUUUGUCUGGCGGCUGUCUUGGCUAUCUUUACCCGGCUGGCGGAGACAGUCGGGCCGGUGGUUCGAUGUGAACCUUGUGACGCGGGAGCACUUGGGCAGUGCAAACCUUUGCCCAAAGAUUGUACCGAGAAGGUCCGAGAGCCCGGCUGCGGUUGCUGUAUGACUUGCGCACUUACCGAGGGACAGUCUUGUGGAGUGUACACGGGGAGGUGCGGCUCCGGCUUGACCUGCCAACACCAGCCGGGUGAGACCAAACCUUUACAAGCUUUGCUGGAGGGACGGGGAGUUUGCUCCAGCGCAGUUCCCAAAAAACUCAGCAGCCUUUUGCUACCCAUUCAUAAACCAGAGAACACCAGAGUGACAGAAGAGGAGCAGAUUACCAACAGCACGGGGUCCCAGGGCCUGGAGAGCACCCACAGGGUCCCGGAGGCCAUGGGGCCCCCACACCACGCCAAAGGGGACGUCAUCAAGAAAGACCAGUCCAAAAAGUCGCAGAGCUACAAAGUAGAGUCGGUGUCCAGCGGGCUCAGCACCGACAUGCAGAACUUCUCACUGGAGUCCAAGCGGGAGACGGAGUAUGGCCCCUGCCGACGGGAGAUGGAGAGCGUCCUCAACAGUCUCAAGAUCACAAACGUCCUCAACCCGAGAGGCUUCCGCAUUCCCAACUGUGACAAAAAGGGCUUCUACAAAAAAAAGCAGUGUCGCCCCUCCAAGGGCAGAAAGCGGGGCUACUGUUGGUGCGUGGAUAAGUACGGGCAGCCCCUGCCCGGCUACGACGGCAAGGAAAGAGGAGAUCCCCAGUGCUACAACCUGGAGAGCAAGUGAGCGCCGGAGAGAGGGAGAGAGAGCGCGCACGAGAGAGAGAGAGCGAGAGAGCGAGAGAGAGAGAGAGAGAGAGAGAGGGAGAGAGAGGGCGCAGUCGGCUCCCGAGGAUUGUGCGCACAAGACUGAAUAAACAAAGACUUUGAAAGGUGCUGGCCUCUGCGGCGGUGCCUGCCUUGGCAGAGAUGGCCGUGCCUCAAGCCAUGUGACCUGCAAGGGAAUACACAGAGCUUGUGAAGACUGGAGAUUACAACUAGGCCAAGCCAUUUAAUUCUUACGGCUUUCUAUUUUGUGCAUAGGGAGCUUUGAAUUCCCAAAUAGAGAGAGAGAGAGAGCGAGAGAGCAAGAGAG